UAAUUACACCGAGUAGCUACUGUGUUCAGUCUGUAUCGGUAUUAUAGAGCUGGCCCGUUGAUAACGUUGCUUUUUCUCCCCAACUGGAGUUUCAGUCGCACGCCUCAUCAGGGGGUAUAUUAUACGUACCGAUCUGCAGACCGUCGAUUCCCGCCAGUUGCAACGAAUCUGUCGUCUGUUUUCACGCGUGUCGAUCACACGCGAUCCAGCAAUACCCGGAAAAGGAUCGAUCAAUUUUAUCCCGGUAUUAAGACCCUCGCGGAUAAUCGGCAAUAAUUGCUUUCGUAAUUUUUAGUGCCAAUGUGAAAAAGGUCCGCCCUUUUUAUGUUCGAUCGGUAGAAUUGAGUGCGUGUGACAAAAGGAAAAGAACACGAAGAUAUUAUAUCGAAAAGCUGCAGACUCGACGAUUAUUUUCUCGUCAAUCGUAUUUUACCGAUUCUGACUCUUUGAGAAGCUGCGCUAAGAUUCGGACACUAUUCAAACCAUGACUAUUGGAGGUCCGCAGGGUCUCAAUGGGCGCCUGGCCUUCGCUAUUGCGGCCGCAGCCCUUGGCUCGUCUUUCCAGCACGGUUAUAACACCGGGGUAGUAAAUUCGCCGGAAAAGCUUAUCAUGGCGUGGAUAUCAGACGUGAGCGGGAAUCGGACGAGUAUUCCUCCAACUCCAUCGGAGAUCACGACAAUAUGGUCGACGGCAGUUGCCAUAUUUUGCAUCGGUGGAAUGAUAGGCGGAUCUCUGAUCAGCGUGGUGGCGGACAAACUCGGGAGAAAGGGAGGCCUGUUAGCUAACAACGUCCUGGUCCUGCUCACCGUGCUGUUCGAAGGCCCGGCGAAGGCUGCCGGAAGCUACGAGAUGCUGAUUAUUGGCAGAUUUUUCAUCGGCAUAAAUUCGGGCCUAAAUGCUGGCCUUGCACCGAUGUAUCUGGCAGAAAUAUCCCCGGUUCACUUACGGGGUGCAGUCGGCACCGUUUAUCAGCUGGUCAUCACCAUCUCGAUCCUUACUUCCCAGAUUCUUGGAAUGGAGAAACUUCUCGGGACGGCCGAGCAGUGGCCUUUACUUCUCUCUCUCACGAUCGUUCCUGCGAUAUUUCAACUCGCCACUUUACCAAUUUGUCCGGAAAGUCCGAAAUACCUUUUGCUCAGCAAGGGACAGGAUUUGAAGGCCCAAAAAGCUCUGGCCUGGCUCCGUGGCACGAUCGAAGUUCACGAUGAGAUGGAAGAGAUGCGAGCCGAAUACGAGUCGCUUAAGAUGAUUCCCACGGUGACGCUGCGGGAAUUAUUCGUCAAUUCGGCACUCAGAAUUCCGAUAGUAAUAUCGAUAGUGAUUAUGCUCGCCCAACAGUUCUGCGGUAUAAACGCCGUGAUGAUAUUCUCAACGAACAUAUUCAGAGCCGCGGGUCUGGACGAGUCUUCGGCCCAGUACGCGACCCUCGGAACUAGCGGUGUCAAUGUACUCAUGACGGUGGUGUCUCUUGUCCUGGUGGAAAAAGCCGGUAGGAAAACUUUGCUACUCGCCGGUUUCAGCGGAAUGUUCGUCAGCAGUAUUCUCCUAACAGCGUGUCUCGCCUUUGCGGACACCGUUCCCGUUGUGGCUCAUCUGUCUAUCGUCGUUGCGAUCUUGUUCGUCCUGUUCUUCGCUGUUGGUCCCGGAAGUAUACCCUGGUUCUUGGUUUCCGAGCUAUUUUCCCAGGGCGCAAGACCCGCGGCAACCGCUGUGGCGAUCUUCACCAACUGGGCGGCCAACUUCGUCGUUAGUAUGGGAUUUCUGCCGCUUAAGAACGUUCUGGGAGGUUACGUCUUCCUCAUAUUUGCCGCCCUUCAAAUGGUGUUCAUACUCUUCGUAUGGAGAAAAGUACCGGAGACAAAGAACAAGACAAUGGAGGAGAUCAGCAGCAUGUUCAGACAGAUUUCUUAUCAAUGAGAACAAGUUUGUUGAUUGAAUUGAGUUUCAACAUUACACCUCGAUAAAAAACGAACUUCGGUAUCAAAUCCGAUCGCUGCGACGUCCGGAACCCCAUUUCCUGACCGUUAUGUGCACUGAGAUUAUCGAGGAGUUAUACCGGAAUUUUUUUGAUCUUUACAAUCCAUACGUAAGGCGGGAAGAGUGCUAUACCUGGAUUGAUGAAUUAUAUUGUCUGAAGAAGAAAGAAAAUGGAACAAAUUGCAAGGUCAAAUGACAGUCAGGAUGUGUUGGAUUCCGAGAAGAUUGUGGGGCGAUCUUUAUAUAAUUAAAA